GCUGUUGAAGCUGUCCUACGCUUCAUUCAACAUUCAACAUUCCAAGUUGAGGAUCAGAUCCGCGUCUAGCCUUGGUGCCUCGCUGGAGCUUACUUACCUAUGCUCGCCAGUCGCAAGAACCGGUCGACCGACUUGCGUUCGGGAAGUAGUAAAAGUAAAUGUCUUUGCUUAGAUGAGGUGAAUUAUGCCCUGAUCGAGGAUCUGUGGCAACUCCGUUAUAAAGUCAUAACCCCUACAUCCUCCUCCUCAUCCACUAUCCAUGAUACUCCCACUCGAAAUACUCGGCCUGGUCAUCGCAGAGGCAUGGGCACUUCCCCUUACCCCCUUCCAGCGCCUCCAAAUGGCAACUUCAUCUCUCCUCGUCAGCAAAGCCUUCGCCUGGGAAUUCAAUCGUGUCUUCUGCACCGACAUCCACAUCCUCACCCCCUCCCACCUUACCCAUGUCCUCCGUUUCGUCCUUCCGCGGUUUUCAGUGGCUUUCCGGUCUACUGAUUCACCCUUCUCACCGUCAGAAAUUUGCCGGUCCAUCUCCUUUCUCCUCCAAGUCAAUCCUCACCGUGGCAACGAGUUAUCUCACCCCUUGUGGAAUAGCAUUCUCUGCAUCAUGCCACACUUAUCACGGUCCCUCCCCAACGUCCAGCGGGUAUCGGUGAACUAUCACAACUGGUGGUUCAGUGACCCCUACCUUGCGUACCUCCAGCUACCAAAGCACGUAACAGAGCUGGACGUCGCCUUCACCCACAGCAAUUCGUUCUGCAAAGAGCGGCUUAAAAAGAACGUUUCCCUCUUCGCAGAUCCGUCCUUCGCCUUUCCUGGGGUUAAGAAGCUGACAGUUGUGGGCGGGAACCGGUCCUUCGUGAGCCAGCUGGUCAGGGCGUGCCAUAAUGCAAAGUCCGUUACGAGCGAUACGUACAAGGAGCCUGUUAUGCAGAUGAUCACUCAGGAGACGGUAGCGCCGAGGCCUAAAAAACAGUUCAAGAUGAACGCUGUGUUGCGUACUACUUGAUAUCGUCAUCAU